UUUUGCUGCGCAUGGUUUGGGUUUGGUUUCCCAAAUUUGGUUUUUGCUUUACUCUUUUUCCUUAUCCGCUGUCUUUGCCUUUAUUUCCUCGUUUCCUCUUUUAUUUUUUAGCAAUAAUAAAUGUACACGUUUUCCUUUUUUUUAUUUUAAAGUUGUUAACUUUGUGCAUCAGUCUCCAUGAUUCGUAGUUCUUGAAGAUACAAGAGGAGAAAGGAAAAGAUGGGUUGUGUUUAUUUUGGCUGAUUUUUGUGUUUUUGCGCAUAAAGUUUUGGUAAUUUUUUGGUGGGUUUUCAAAAUGUGGAGUAGAUGGUGGUGUGCUGGUGGCGGUGUUGGAUCAUUGGGGCAAAGGGUAUCUGCUACUUUUAAUGGAAUCCAUGGUAAUGGGGGAAAGCUUCAUCCUUUUGAUCCCAUUUUGUUGGGCUUGAGGGAUUUUGCUGUGGAAUGCGGUGGAAGGAGAGGAGGGGUGGCAUGUUUAUCAGUUACUGUGCUGAACCAGAUCAAGAGGGGUGUGUCUUCCUCAACUUUUGUUUCAACGCCUGCUGGUGGCAACUCUAAUUCAUCUGGGAAUGGCGGCGUCACCAAUGGUAAUGGAAAAGAAGAAGAAUCCAUCUCCUUCUCUGAAGCUAAGAAGCUUAUGAGAUUGGUGAAUGUGGAAUCCCUCAAGAAGAAGCUUGGUAUGGAUGGGAAGGAAGUCAUUCCCUACUGUGAGCUUCUUGAAGCGUGUGAGAGCAUGGGUGUUGCCAGGAAUCCUGAGGAGGCUACAGCAUUUGCCAAGGUUCUGGAUGAGGCUGGUGUUAUUCUCCUCUUCCGGGACAAGGUCUAUCUGCAUCCUGAUAAGGUGGUGGAUCUGGUUAGAAGAGCUGUUCCAUUGGCACUGACUGCUGAGAAUGAUCCAGUGAGAGAGGAGUUAAGGAUGCUGAUGGAGAAGAAGGAAGAAAUUGAUGUGUUGGCGCAUAAGCAGGUGAGGCGCAUCCUGUGGUCUGGACUGGGGUUUGGUGUAGUUACUGUUGGGUUAUUCUUCAGGCUAACAUUCUGGGAAUUCUCAUGGGAUGUUAUGGAACCAAUUGCAUUUUUUACAACAUCUACUGGCUUAGUCAUUGGCUAUGCCUACUUUUUAUUCACUUCCAGAGACCCUACUUACCAAGACUUCCUCAAGAGGCUCUUUCUUUCAAGGCAGAGGAAGCUUCACAAGAGGUAUAACUUUGAUGUUGAUAGGUUCAAGGAGCUUCAGUGCAAGUGCAAAUCUCCUUUAGAUGCCAAAACCAUUUUAAAAAAUCGCAUAGGGGUCGAUCUUGAUCUUGACGAUUAACAUUUUUUCAGCUGCUUUAUUUAUAUAUAUAUAUAUUUUUUUUACAU